AUGAAAAAAAAUGAACCUAAUGGUCUAAAAAGAGACAGUGAGGAGUCAUCUCAAAUGCCUAGCGAUGGAGAGAAAAGUGACGAUGCAAGGUUUGAAGUGGUAUUCGAUGGAAAUGGAGAUGAUAAAGAAGACAUGAGGAAUCUUUCAAAUUUACAUAAAUGGAUCAUAGCAAUAAUUAUCUCUGUAACGUCGUUUUGUGUGACAUGUACAUCAGCAGCAUGGUCGAUGGCCUCAGACAACAUAAUAGAGCAUUUCGGCAUUAGUCAUGAGGUUAGCACAUUGGGAAUUUCGUUGUAUGUGUUUGGAUUAGGGCUAGGAGGAAUAUUUUUGUCACCUAUCAGUGAGUUCCAUGGACGGAAAAUCACAUACAUUAUUUCAUUAUCAUUUUCGUUUGCAUUUCAAUGCCUCACGGCAUUUAGUCCCAACAUAGGAAGUAUGUUAUUUGGAAGGUAUAUGUCUGGAUUCUUUGGAUCGGCUUUCAUGAGUGUAGCAGCUGGGUCUUUGGCGGAUAUCUUUGCCAAAGAUGAAAUGUCUACGCCCCUCUUGCUUUACACCAUCUCCCCUUUUGUUGGCCCAGGUGUACUGCCACUUAUUUCUGGAUUUAUUAACUCGAAUUUGUAUUUCCGAUGGACAUUCUAUGUAAUGUUGAUAUGGACGGGGGUGCUAGUCGGCAUGAUAGUCAUUUUUGUCCCUGAAACCUAUCAGCCAGUUCUAUUAAAGAUGAAGGCCGCGAGACUCAGAAAAACAACCGGCGACAAUAGGUUUUACGCUCCAUUAGAGAGAGACCCAACAUCUUUGUUUGAAAGUACUGUAUUGUCAUGUAAGAAACCCAUCUUGUUGAUAUUCAAGGAUUACAUGACGUUGGCAUUAUGUUUUUACACGGGGUUCGCAUUGGCUAUUGUCUACUUGUUUUUUAUUGCACUACCAUAUAUUUACAAGACAGUAUUUGAAUUCAAGCUUGCAUCACAGGGGUUGGCAUUCCUAGGUCUUAUCGUUGGAAUGGCUCUAGCAUCACUUGCAUCACCUUCCCUUUUUGAUAAGCAAUAUUUAAGAUUAAUAGAAAAAAAUGGGGGAGUUCACAAGCCUGAAUUCAAGUUUCUUCCGUUGAUGGCUGGUGUAUUUUUCAUCCCAGUCGGGUUAUUUAUCAUGGCAUGGACUUCAUACCCCCACCUUCACUGGAUUGGCCCCAUUAUAGGGUCCUCCAUUUUUGGUGCGGGCACAGUAUUAAUUUUUAACGGUGUAUUCGCAUACACUGUUGAUGCCUAUAGAUUAUAUGCUGCUUCUGCAAUGGCCACCAAUACCUUUAUUAGAUGUACAAUGUCGGGUGUAUUUCCGCUAUUUGGAUUACAGAUGUACGAAGGUAUGGGCAUUCAGUGGGCAACAACUUUCUUGGCCCUUGUCGCUUGCGCUAUGAUUCCAGUGCCCUUCAUUCUAUAUAAGUAUGGUCCAUAUUUAAGAAGCAAGAGUUCUUUUACGUGGUCAUGA